UGCCUUCUGACGUGGCAAGUGGCGUUCAUCAGGAAAUUCUGGUCGCACAGUAAGUCACCUGUCCUGUCCCGUCGCUUUAUGGGCGGGGCAGGAAAAUCAAUCACUUCCUCAUUGACCAUUGUCCCGUGCGCGACAGAGACCUCUCCGACAAACUUCAGGACGCACUUGAAGCGGUUCAACAUCUUGAAGAUGGCGCUGGCGGGCUCCGAGGCGACGAGGGACGGCGGCCGGGAGGAGACCUUCCUGUACCGGUCCUUGCGCAUCGCGGCCGUGGUCGCGCUCUACUGGUUCAUCUCCAUCACCAUGGUGUUCCUCAACAACUACCUGCUGGACAACAAGGACCUGGACGCGCCGCUCUUCAUCACCUUCUUCCAGUGCCUGGUGACGGUGGGCCUGUGCUGGCUCAUGCAGCUGCUGUCCAGGCUGUGCCCGUGGCUCGUCGACUUCCCGGCGGUCACGUUCGACCUGAAGACGUCGCGCGAGGUGCUGCCGCUCUCCGUCGUCUUCAUCAGCAUGAUCACCUUCAACAACCUGUGCCUGAAGCACGUGGGCGUGGCCUUCUACACGGUGGGCCGCUCCCUCACCACGGUCUUCAACGUGCUGCUGUCCUAUGUGAUCCUGAAGCAGACCACGUCGCUCAGAGCCAUCAUCUGCUGCGGGGUCAUACUCGGUGGAUUCUGGCUUGGUGUGGACCAGGAGGGCUUAGCUGGGUCCCUCUCCAUGUCAGGCGUUGUCUUCGGGAUCAUUGCCAGCGCCUGUGUUUCCCUCAACGCUAUCUACACCAAGAAGGUGAUGCCGGCGGUGGACGGAAACAUCUGGAAACUGUCCUACUACAACAACAUCAACGCCUGCGUCCUCUUCGUGCCGCUCAUUAUCGUGUUCGGAGAGUGUGGCCAUCUCGCCAGCUUCAGCCGCCUCACCGACUUAGGGUUCUGGGGUAUGAUGACACUCGGGGGAGUGUUUGGCUUCGGCAUCGGCUACGUCACGGGCCUCCAGAUCAAGUUCACCAGCCCGCUCUCUCACAACGUCUCGGGGACGGCGAAAGCCUGCGCGCAGACCGUCAUCGCAGUGGCGUAUUACUCCUCGAGCAAAAGCAUGCUGUGGUGGACCAGCAACAUGAUGGUUCUCUGCGGCUCAUCGGCCUACACAUGGGUCAAAACUCUAGAAAUGAAGAAGACCCCCAGCAAAGACACACAGGACUCGGCCAAAGAAAAACUGCUCCCGGGCGACAAAGAAAGCGUUGGUGCCGGUGUGUGACUUGGGCUGAGAAACCAUUAAUUGUUUGUCCACGUUGCAGAAAAAUGUGAAUAAAUGUAACUUGUAAAACUAGAAAGUGCUCGUUGGAGCACGUACCUCCGCCAAGUGAAAACAUGACUUCCUUGGCGGAGGCAAAUAUGAUUGAUAUGGAGUGGGUGCGUACAUGAAAUCAGUGAUUUUGCUUGGGUUUACUACUUUUGUGUGGGUCCUUUUUUAUGCACUUUUGGUGUGAAGGAGUUUGUACAUAUAAUAUUAAAGCUUCAUAUUCAUUUGAGGCUUCUUCUUAAAAUUAUUUUUUUAUUGAAAAAAAUAGUAAUGUAUUCAAUGGUGUGGUUGAAAAAAAAUCUUGAGUUUUUUAUAUAUAUAUAUAUAUAUAUACAGUGGGAGCUUGUAAGAUAUUUACUUAGUUUGAAAGUAUUUAUCACAUUAAAAUAAGAAACAUUUCUAUGGUUGUUCAAUUCUGCUUAUUAUGUUUUUUGUCAGAGGGGAUGUUGGACAUGCAAAUUGCCAUUUGUUAUUAAUCAUGUCAAUGUUUUAAAACUUUGGCGAAGAACUUAUUUGUUUUCUCAAAUAAGAAUAAAGUCAAGUUUUAGUUGCUCA